AUGGAGGCCAUUGCAUCAUUCGAUACAUGGAUUUGGCAUACCUUUUUCGAAGUUGCCGGAUCUCAAAACGACCUCAAUGUGCUUGGUCAAUCCCCGGUAUUCAACGAUGUGUUGAAACGUCAUUCCCCCCAGAUCAUGUAUCAAAUCAACAAUACCGUAUACUCGGGGGAUGUUGCUCGUAUGUUUGAUGAAGAUGUGCUUCGGAGCACUAUGAUGAUUUGCAUCAUCCUCUAUAACAUGAUUGUGGAUGAUGAGUAUGAUUAUGACGCCCCAGAGAUGUUUGCACUCGAUCUCAUGAACACGUCAUUGACAAGAAUUUAUGAACGGCCCUUGGGAGCAAAUAGAGAACUACUGGGGCACGAACCGUUGAUUAGGGACAGUCGAUAA